UUUGACCUCCUUAGGUUACUCGAGAAGCUGAACUCCCCCUACCGGGGCUGGGUCAAAAGGGGGAUCCCAAACUCUGAUUUAGAGACCAUUAGCCAGCACAUAUACCAGAUGGCUAUGAUUCUGAUAGUAUAUCCUGGCUGGGAAAAUGUUGAUGACUGGCUAGCGGCUGUUGAGAUGGCUAUUGUCUAUAACGCUCCUGAAGUAAUUUCCGGAGAUGUGAUACCAUCGGAUAACAUUAGCCGAGAAAGGAAGCAGAUUUGUAAAGAACUUAGCUUGGACUACCUUAUCUGUCUUUCGAGAGAGUCUAGGAAUGAUAUAUUUGCUAGUUGUAUUAGUAGACUCUGGAAAGAAUAUAAGGAGGCUGCUAGUUAUAUCUCUUAG